ACUAAUGUUCGAACGUUAGCAUCUGGCAACCCAGCAGCCUGGCCUGUGAGCGCUGAAAACUUGUUGUUGUCGGGGAAAAUGGCGUCAAACGUAGAAGCCCCGGAGCGCUGGUACCUCGCCCUACUCGGCUUCGCGGAGCAUUUCCGAACAUCCAGUCCGCCCAAAAUCCGCCUUUGCGUGCAUUGUCUCCAAGCAGUAUUCCAGUUCAAGCCGCCACAGAGGAUAGAGGCCCGCACGCAUCUCCAGCUGGGCUCGGUGCUUUACCACCACACCAAGAACAGCGAUCUGGCCAGCAGCCACCUGGAGAAGGCGUGGUACAUUUCCCAGCAAGUCCCCCAGUUCGAAGAUGUCAAGUUUGAGGCUGCAAGCAUUUUAUCGGAACUCUUCUGCCAACAGAAUUUGGUGGACUCUGCAAAGCCUCUUCUGCGCAAGGCCAUUCAGAUUUCUCAGCAAACACCGUAUUGGCACUGCAGACUGUUGUUCCAGCUGGCACAACUUCAUACACUGGAGAAAGACUUGGUGUCCGCGUGUGACUUACUGGGUGUUGGAGCGGAGUACGCCCGCGUGGUGGGCUCGGAAUACACAAGGGCGUUGUUUCUCCUCAGUAAAGGCAUGCUGCUACUAAUGGAGAGGAAGCUUGGCGAGGUGCAUCCCUUGCUUACACUUUGCGGAACCAUUGUGGAGAACUGGCAGGGAAACCCCAUCCAGAAGGAGUCCCUGAGGGUCUUCUUCCUAGUCCUACAGGUCACACACUACCUGGAUGCUGGACAGGUAAAGAGCGUGAAGCCUUGUUUAAAGCAGCUGCAGCAGUGCAUCCAGACCAUCUCUACACUCCACGAUGAUGAGAUUCUUCCCAGCAACCCAGCUGACCUCUUCCAUUGGCUCCCUAAGGAGCACAUGUGUGUCCUUGUUUAUCUGGUGACAGUGAUGCACUCCAUGCAAGCGGGCUAUCUGGAGAAAGCACAGAAGUACACAGACAAGGCACUAAUGCAACUAGAAAAACUAAAAAUGUUGGACUGCAGCCCUAUCCUUUCUACCUUUCAAGUCAUUCUACUGGAGCACAUCAUCAUGUGCAGGCUCGUCACAGGCCACAAGGCCACCGCAUUACAGGAGAUCUCACAGGUAUGUCAGCUUUGCCAACAGUCUCCCAGGUUAUUCAACAACCAUGCUGCCCAGCUCCACACUUUAUUAGGCCUCUACUGUAUCUCUGUAAACUGUAUGGAUAAUGCAGAAGCACAGUUUACCACAGCUUUGCGGCUCACCACACACCAGGAACUGUGGACUUACAUCGUCACCAACUUGGCCAGCGUUUACAUUAGGGAAGGCAACCGACACCAAGAGUUGUACAGCCUCUUGGAGAGAAUAAACCCAGACCACAACUUCCCAGUCAGCUCACAUUGUCUCCGUGCGGCUGCCUUUUACAUCCGGGGACUGUUGUCCUUCUUCCAAGGCCGCUACAACGAGGCCAAACGCUUCUUAAGAGAAACUUUAAAGAUGUCUAAUGCAGAGGACCUGAACAGACUCACUGCAUGCUCGCUGGUUCUACUGGGCCACAUAUUCUAUGUGCUGGGAAACCACAGAGAAAGCAACAACAUGGUGGUACCUGCCAUGCAGCUGGCUAGCAAGAUCCCCGACAUGUCUGUGCAGCUUUGGUCCUCUGCGCUGUUGAAAGAUUUGAACAAAGCACUUGGGAACACUAUGGAUGCCCACGAAGCAGCCCAGAUGCACCAAAAUUUUUCCCAGCAGCUUCUGCAGGAUCACAUCGCGGCCUGCAGUCUCCCCGAGCACAACCUCAUCAGUUGGACUGACGGCCCUCCUCCUGUCCAGAUCCAAGCCCAGAACGGUCCCACCACCAGCCUUGCAAGCUUGCUAUGAGAAGGACUGUGUAGGUGUGUGUCAAUGUGUGCGCGACUGUGUUCUAUGUAUAUGCGUGUGUGUGUGUCUUUGAGAGAGAGUAAGUGCGUGCAGCUGGUACAUUAUCACAACAAACGGCAUCUAAAAAGUUUGUAUCUGGAUCAUUUUUCAGCAAGAUUUAAGUAGUUUAUUUUUUCCAUUUCACUUCUAUUAUGAUUUGCUGUAAAACAUUUACCACUACUGUUGUCUGGUUGGAGCAAGGCAAGAAAUUUGGGCUGGUUUAAUUUGGGCUGGGGUAGGCUAUUUUAAAACUAAGUAGACCUCCUAAAAAUUCUUCCAAACAUUUAACCCACACAUGCUCAUUGUAUACGAUCCUAAACAUUUAAAACCUGAAAUAGAAUAAUGGUUCCCUACCCCAUUUUAACUCAUUGGCUGCCAUUGACAGCAAUAGACGUCCAUUCCGCUUGAACUGAGAGGGCUGGCUGCGAAUGAACAAAUGCUCAUUCGCUGUCAGCCCUGCCAGUUCAAAUAAAAUUGGACGUCUACUCGUGAAAAACUAAAUUUAAAUUCACAGCAGAAGAAUGAAAAGAGCUGCAUGAUUGGACGUCUACCAUCGUCAUUGGCACUGAAUGAGUUAAGAGCUUGUCCACUUCAACUUGGGGCCAUGCUCUGCUUCUGCCAGCGUAAUUUUCCUUUCGUUCGGAAGAUGAAGCGAAACAGUAGAUAGACAGGAGGGUAGUAAAGAUAUAGAAGAAAUUAAUUUAUUCAUAUUUUUGUAUCUGUUGUUAAAUAUUUGACAUCAUGCUUUUGUUUUUUUGGAUGUAUUUGUUUUCACAUGCAUGGAAGUUACUGAUGUUGGACUCCUUGUACAUUAGUUUCUGGCCUGGGUUUGCGAGUAAGAUAAACUUGGUAGAUAUUUUUUGCACAAAAUCCAUAAAUGAGAAGUAAAAAGACGUCUUGUAAUAUAUUUUCACACAAAAUGAUCAGUUGGAAUGUCACAUUUUUGCUAAAUUAAGAGUGAGGAUGCAUUUCUAAGAAAGUUCAGUGUUCAAUAUGUGUGGAUCCGACAUCCAUGCAAAUUUUUUAUAUUAUUUCGUUUCUUCCCCCUUCCGUAAUAUACUAUGUUAAAUUCGACAAAUCAAGGUUUAUUUUUUUUUGUCAGCUAACCGUAAUCUUCAGAGCUUGUUGAUUUUUCUACUUAUAUUUUUGUUACGAUCUCAAUUUGUCCCAAUUAGUUCUUCUUAAUUGUGUUCUUUACAGUCUGUGUGUGUGAAUUUACCACUCAUCGAACCUUUUAUUGUACAGUGACAUUUUAUAAAGGUAAUUUAGUAAAAUGUCAUGUAUUUUUAGCCCUAAUGAUGUAGAGAUUUCAAUGCUUGGUAUUUAAGGCACUCUGUUAAGGACACAGUUUAAACUCGAGUACUAGUUAUACUCUAUCAAUGAAUAUGUUUUUAAUGCUCAUGAUGUUUUCAAUAAUUUUUCCAAUAAAAACAUGAAACAACAACAACAACCUUUGUUA